UCAGGGUUGUUGGUGCGAUCAUAUGAUUGAAAAAUCUCCGUCAGACCGAAAUAAUAAUAAUAUAUAAAUAAAGUUAUUCCUCAGCCCGCAAUGAGCAUUCAAAGAAGCGAAAAGGAGGCCGCGGGCCAGCUACUGGAUGACUUGUACCUGGACAUGUUCCACCUCGUUGAGGAGCACACCCAGUGUCGGAUAAAUUUGGAGCGAUGUAACGCCAGUGGGGCGAUUCUCCUGGCCCGCACUAGAUUUCAGCACGGAGGCAGCCAGUGCGUGUCCACGGCCCAGAUUCCCACGGAGAACAGUGCCGAGUUUAACGCCCUCUGCCGGGUCGUGGACUCCACGGAUGGCGUCUGCAUCGAGCGACAGGCGGUUGACAAGUCCAAGGGCUUCGUGGAGCCCCUGCAUUGGUUCUCGGUACUGCCACCGAUGAGCUUGCGCAAUGCUGUUAACAAGUUCAAGGACUGCAUAGAGCUGGUCGCCGAGAGCACUAAUCUGCAGCGGCAGCUAGGAGAAGCGCUGGAUUCGAUCACAAAGCUGCGAAGGAGUGCCCUGCUUAGCUAGAUACUUAUGGCGCGCACACAAUCCAUACAAUGUUAAGAAUAAAGUAGAUUUGAAAACAUUAUUGAAACAGCACUCACUGACUCUCGAUGAAGAAGAUAUGCGAGAAAUUAUUGUUGAUCUAUCUGAAACGUCAAUUUCAUAAUUAUCUGACGUAUGAUCCCACCUCGUUUAAAAAAACCUAUAAAUGACGCCCAGAAAUGCCUUUUCUUUAGUAUC